CACGGAGAGUCCGAGACUUCGAAGCUCGGCCUUUCGCCGCCGCCUCUUCUGCCUCUCCGCAACCCCCGGCGGUGCAUUCCAUCCAGACGCCAUUCUAAUGGAUGCCGUUAGGAUUGUAGCGACGAAGAAUCUGUUUCGAAUUGGGCGGAGGAGCUGGGCCUCUGGGGGGAAGGAAUUAUGGGAUCACGGCCUAUCGGGAUUGCUGUUUGUUCUUCCUUUGUUACGCUCUGCAUCUUCCACGCUCCCAAAGUGAGUGCAUUUUAUGGGCAACAAAUUUACCCAUAGGAUUGUCUGGUUCCUACCUGUGCAUUUCUAGCUUCUUCCCCCAACAGGACUGCUAGUGCUAGGUGAGCACUUCCUUUCUUUCAGAGCAAUACUACUCUCCUCUCAAUGUGUAUUGGCAGAUUGGACAAGAGAGUUGGCACGAAGAUGAUGGGAAGCAUAUGUGCACAUGAGAUUAGUUGUCACUAUGAUGGGUGACCUAUCUUGUCUUUUGUUCUUCUCUUGUCUUGGGGCGUAGAGUGCGUACCUACACAUUUGGAAGCUAGUUGAUUUGGGCAGGUGGUCUUUGGCUGUAUGCAACAGUGAAGGAUUAUAGGACGGAGAAGAAUCACAUAUCACAUUAUGAAUCCUCAAGAGGAAAGAAUAUAUGCCUUCGAUCUCAGAAACUAUGGACCCACAUGAUGAUGUUUCUGAUAAGAACAAUGAUCCUUCAGAAGAUUUGGAACAUAUAAAUAUUUAUGGUUUCGUGAUCUUGGAGCUUCUAUGCUAGCCAACAGCGGACACUCACUGCCUUCUCUGUGUGGCCUACUAAAUCUCCAUCCAACCCCUCCACUGUCUUUUUCCCAGAUCAUUUAUGUCCAUGAGACCUUUGAGAACCAAGAAGGUGAAGCCCUAUAUAAAUCCCUCUCAGGUCACACUCGAUCAAGUUAACUCAGUCCAUCUUCAUCUCUCUCGCUCUCCCUUUGCUUGCUUGCAAAGACCUACUGUUUCGGCUCCUUUUAUGCAGUCUGAAACAAAGUUGGAAAUCAUAAGCCAAAUUCAGUAACGAUGAAUUAGAUAUCUUUCUUCAAGAACAGUCUAUCUUCGAUCCACCCUCCCUAUUAUAAACCAGAAUUCGCGACUCCCUUUUAAAGAGGGAAAACAGUUAACAGUUUGUUUUUUCCUAGGGAAACAGGGGAGGGGAGGGGAGGCCAAUAUGGAGUUCUGGACUUCUCUGGCUUCUCUCAUGGGAGUUUUUGCCUUCUUCCAGAGCAUCCUACACGCCGUGUUUCCGCUGGAGCUGCGCUUCGCAGCGGUAAAGAUCUUCCACCGCGUGUUCUGCUGUUUUUCCACGUACUGCUACUUCGACAUCACCGAGAUGGACGGCGUGAACACCAACGAGCUCUACCACGCCGUGCAGAUCUACCUCAGCCGGUCCGCCUCCAUUGCCGCCUCCCGGCUCAGUCUCUCCCGCGGCCUCAACUCUUCUGCCUUCACCUUCGGGCUCACCAACAACGACCGGCUCGUGGACACCUUCCGAGGCGCCAUCGCCACAUGGGAGCACGCCGUCACACAGCGCCAGUCGCAGUCCUUCUCCUGGCGGCCGCUGCCGGAGGAGAAACGUAGCUUCACGCUUCGGAUCAAGAAGAAGGACAAGGCCAUUAUCCUUCCGGCCUACCUCGACCACAUCAUGGAGACGGCCAACGAGCUCCGCCGCCGGAACCAGGAUCGGCUACUGUACACCAAUUCGCGCGGCGGGUCAAUGGAGUCCCGCGGAUUCCCGUGGGAAUCUGUACCCUUCAAGCACCCCAGCACAUUCGAAACCCUCGCCAUGGACCCCUCCCGGAAGGAGCUCAUCAUGGCCGACCUCACGGAUUUCGCGGAAGGGAAGACCUUCUAUGAGAAGAGAGGCCGCGCGUGGAAGCGUGGCUACUUACUCUACGGCCCGCCGGGCACUGGCAAGUCGAGCAUGAUCGCCGCCAUGGCAAAUUACCUCGGCUACGACAUCUACGAUCUCGAGCUCACCGAGGUUCACACCAACUCCGAGCUCCGAAAACUCCUGAUGAAAACCACCUCCAAAUCGAUCAUCGUCAUUGAAGACAUUGACUGCUCUCUCAACCUCACGAACCGGAUUUCAAAGAAGGCAUCUCCUUCUGCGGAUGCCUCGUCGGACUUGAGGCCGGUGGGCGGAUCAGAGGAUGGCGGCGCCGGCGCCAAGACGAUAACUUUGUCGGGGCUGCUGAAUUUUACCGACGGGCUCUGGUCGUGCUGCGGCAGCGAGCGUAUAUUUGUGUUCACCACCAACCACAUCGAGAAGCUCGACCCGGCGCUGGUGCGGUCGGGGAGGAUGGACAUGCACAUUCACAUGAGCCAUUGCUCGUUUCCGGCAUUGAAGAUCCUCAUGACGAACUACUUGGGCUUCGACGACACAGAGUUCGAUGACAAGACGGAGACCAGUGACUUAAUGAGAGAAUUGGCAGAUGUGAUCGACGACGCCGAGAUGACUCCGGCCGAUGUUAGCGAGGUCUUGAUCAAGAACCGACGGCGGGAGAAGGAAGCGGCGGCAGGGGAACUGCUCGACGUUCUGAAGGAACGGGUGGAGAAGAGAAAGAAAAAAAAGCCGACCGGCGAGGAAAUGGAGGAAGAAGAGCAGGAAAAGAGGGCGUUGGAGAGCACCUCGAGUGAGAGUGAUCAGAUGAUGGAUAGCUGCGAUGGGAAAGAAGAGAAGGGGGAGGGAGAGCAGGUUUAGUUCGCCGUCGAUGUCUUCCGUUGUCGUGCUUAUCGAAUGCUGCUGCUAUUAGUCCUUAAUCUCUCGUUGAUUAAAUUAAACGCAGCAAUCUUUUGUUUUUAACGAGCAUUUCAGAGUCUAUUAGAGAAUAUGAUGUCCUAAA